CAUGUGACAUCUGAUAAAAAUGGCCACCUUCGUGUUUUGAUUAAUAAUACUUUUAUGUUUGUUUCAUUCUUCGUAGAAUUUGAAUAGAUAACACACAUUUAGUAAACUGUUUUUCCCCCUUUAAAUUUAUGACAAUCAAUACAAACUGCUAUUUGUUAUACGAGUUAGACUAUGCACAUUUGUGUAUAUUAUAUAGAAAGCUAGCUAGUUGGCUGGCACAAUAGGUAAGCUAAAGCUAGCUGAAAGUAAAGGAUAAACGAUGGAGUUGAGUGCCGACGAGAUCCGCAGGAGGAGACUGGCAAGACUGGCAGGAGGACAAACAUCCCAGCCCAGCACUCCCCUGACGUCCCCACAGAGAGAGUCCCCCCCUGGGCCCCUUCCUGGGACCUCAGGGGCCACACCCCAGCCCUUUCCACCAGCUGCCUCACACGCACUGGGACUCAAUGUCCAGAGUGUCACCCCCGCCACCUCUCCUAUGGGCGCCUCUGGUGUGGUGUACCGCAGUCAGAGCAGCGAGGGUGUGAGCUCCCUCUCCAGCUCUCCCUCCAACAGCCUGGAGACCCAGAGUCUAUCCAGAUCUCAGAGUAUGGACAUCGACACUGCCUCCUGUGAAAAGAGCAGCAUAUCCCAAGUGGAUGUGGACUCAGGGAUAGAGAACAUGGAGGUGGAGGACAGUGACCGCAGGGAGAGGAGGAACCUGGCUGAAAAGGAAUCCGCUGAAACCUCAGAUGUCUCUGAAGAGCAGGCUCUGCAGCUCAUCUGUAAGAUCCUGCGUGUCUCCUGGAAGGAGCAGGACAGAGAUGUCAUCUUUCUCCCCUCGCUUGCCACAGAGUUCCACCAGAGCAGCCCCAAAGAAGUCUACUCUGACUUCAAAGACCUGAUUGGCCAGAUCCUGAUGGAGGUUCUCAUGAUGUCCACCGUGUCGCACAUCCACAACCCCUUCGGCAGCCUGACUGCCACGUCCCAGCCAAUUGCUGCUGCCAAAUCUCCCGACCACCACCUGACGCUGGUUCAGCCCUCUAGCCAGGGUGGCAGUCCCAUGGCCACCUGUGCAGGCUCAUUUGGGGCCAGCUCUCUGUCCAGCCUAUACGGGUGUAGUCCACACCCACUGGCUUUGAACCCAGCCAGGAUGACCUCUCCACCUCUACCUGCCUCCACCCCCUCCUCUCCACAUCCAAUGGUAGCCCCAAGUCCCCCUACUAUGGCCAACCCCUCUAGGCUCUCUCUCUCCGCCCCCCUGCCCGUCUCCCAGCGCUACCGGCCCUACUCUGUCACCUCUCCCUCAGGGUUCUCCACCCCCCCUUGCCCCACUCUGGCUAGCCUCCCUGGGUUUUCCUCCGUCCCUGGCCCUGUCCCUGCAUGUUUCCCAGUACCGCCCAUCGCCCUGUCCCAAGCCCCAGCCCCAAGACUACCAACCUCUCCCCAGUCGGUUCUCCUUCCCUCCCCCAGACCUCGCCCGCCCAGCUCCAUGCCCCUCCCUCUGGUGCCCACCUCGCCCAGAGCAGCUUCCCGACAAGCUGUCCGGAUCCCGUCUAGUCUGGGUGUGUCUGCAGGGGGAAUGGACUCGCAAUCCUGCAGCGACUGCUUCUCCAUCGAGGCGUGCAUGGAGACUGAGAUGCUCAACUACCUCAUCGAGCGCUUCGACAGUGCAGGCAUGGAGGAAAGUAAGGCGCCCAAGAUUUGCAGCCACCCCGGUGUCAGCCAGCUCCUCAGCAACAUACGCUCACAGUGCAUUUCCCAUGCCGCUCUUGUCCUUCAGGGCGCCCUCACGCAGCCCAGGAGCCCCCUGCAGCAGUCCCUGCUGCUGCCCUACAUGCUGUGCCGAAACCUGCCGUAUGGCUUUAUCCAGGAGCUGGCCUGUAUGACCCACCAGGAGGAGGUCUUCAGACAGAUCUUCGUUCCAAUCCUUCAAGGGCUGGCUCUGGCUGUGAAAGAAUGUUCCUUCGACAGUGACAACUUUAAGUUCCCCCUCAUGGCUUUAGCUGAGCUCUGUGAGAUCAAGUUUGGGAAGACUCACCCCAUGUGCAAUGUGAUGACAUCUCUGUCCCUGUGGUGUCCCAAGUCUCUGGGCCCGGGGAUGGGCCGAGAGGUUCAGAGACUGUCCUUCCUGGGAGCAUUCUUCAGCCUGUCUGUCUUUGCAGAGGAUGACACCAAAGUGGGUGACAAGUACUUCUCGGGCCCAGCCAUCACCAUGGAGAACACUCGCGUGGGUAGCCAAACCCUGCAGCACUACCUGGAGUCAGCCCGGGGUGACUUGUUUAAGAUUCUCCACAACAUCCUACUAAAUGGAGAGACAAGAGAGGUAGUGCUCAACUACAUGGCAGCUCUGGUCAACCGCAAUGUGAAGAAAGCCCAGUUGCAGACAGACGACAAGCUGGUGUCCACGGACGGCUUCAUGAUUAACUUCCUGUCGGUGCUGCAACAGCUGAGCAUGAAGAUCAAGCUGGAGACGGUGGACCCGUACUACAUUUUCGACCCCCGCUGCCGCCUGCAGGUCAGCCGUGAGGAGACCCGGCUCAAGGCCACCAUGGAAGAGCUCAACACCUGGCUGGCCGAGAUACAUGACCCCUCCAAGUUCUAUGAUCCCAAGUUCCCCACAGAGUGUUUCUUUCUGACGUUGCACACCCACCACCUGUCCAUCCUACCAGGCUGCCGACGCUACAUCCGCAGGCUGAGAGCCAUUCGCGAGCUCAACAGGACGGUGGAAGAGCUGAAGAAUAGUGAGAGCCAGUGGAAAGACUCUCCCCUGGCCAUCCGACACCGAGAGAUGCUGAAGAGAUGCAAAACCCAGCUCAAGAAACUGGUGCGCUCUAAAGCCUGUGCCGAUGCUGGUCUUCUGGACGAGAACCUGUUACGCAGAUGUCUGCAGUUCUACAGUAUGGUCAUUCAGCUCAUCCUACGCAUGGUGGAUCCUGCCUACCCACACAUAACUCUACCACUGAAUCCCGAGAUCCCCAAAAGCUUUGCUGCUCUGCCAGAGUUUUACAUUGAAGAUGUGGCCGAGUUCCUGCUUUUUGUUGUGCAGUAUUCCCCUCAGGUUCUGUAUGAGCCCUGCGUCCAGAACAUUGUCACCUUCCUGGUGGUGUUCAUCUGCAGUCAGAACUACAUCCGGAACCCCUACCUGAUCGCCAAGCUGGUGGAGGUUCUGUUUGUCACCAACCCAGCUGUGCAGCCGCGCACCCAGCGCAUCUCUGAGAUGAUGGAGAACCACCCACUGUCCGUCAAACAUUUGGUCCCGGCCCUCAUGAAGUUCUACACUGACGUGGAGCACACCGGUGCCACCAGCGAGUUCUAUGACAAGUUCACCAUCCGCUACCACAUCAGCACCAUCUUCAAGAGCCUCUGGCAGAACAUGGGCCACCAUGGCACUUUCCUGGAAGAGUUCAACUCCGGGAAACAGUUUGUGCGUUACAUCAACAUGCUGAUCAACGACACCACCUUCCUGCUGGACGAGAGCCUGGAGUCCCUGAAGCGCAUCCACGAGGUCCAGGAGGAGGUUAAAAACAAGGAGCAGUGGGAUCAGCUUCCCAGGGAGCAGCAGCAGAGCCGCCAGUCCCAGUUGACCCAGGAUGAGCGGGUGUCACGCUCUUACCUGGCCCUGGCUACAGAGACGGUCGACAUGUUCCACAUCCUCACCAAGCAGGUCCAGAAGCCCUUCCUCCGGCCCGAGUUGGGGCCUCGUCUGGCGGCCAUGCUGAACUUUAACCUCCAGCAGCUAUGCGGGCCCAAGUGCCGGGACCUGAAGGUGGAGAACCCAGAGAAGUACGGUUUUGAGCCCAAGAAGCUCCUAGACCAGCUUACUGACAUUUACCUGCAACUUGACUGUGCCCGCUUCGCCAAGGCCAUCGCCGACGACCAGCGGUCAUACAGCCGAGAGCUCUUUGAGGAAGUGAUUUCCAAGAUGAAGAAAGCCGGCAUCAAGUCCACCAUCACCAUUGAAAAAUUCAAGCUGCUAUCGGAGAAGGUGGAGGAGAUAGUCGCCAGGAACUCGCAGUCCGAAAUGGACUACAGUGACGCACCUGACGAGUUUAAAGACCCUCUGAUGGACACAUUAAUGACUGACCCUGUGAUACUGCCCUCUGGGAACAUCAUGGACCGAGCCAUCAUCCUCCGCCACCUUCUCAACUCCCCAACUGACCCCUUUAACAGACAGCCUCUCAACGAAAGCAUGCUGGAGUCACUCCCUGAACUGAAGGAGAGGAUCCAGGCAUGGAUGAGAGAGAAGCAAGGCCAGGGACGUUUCCUCUAGUAACACCCCCAACUCCGGGGGUAAAGGAUGUUAUCACCACGACUGAAUUCAAUACCAUCAAGAACAAAUUGAAAAAAAGAAACCUGUGAUUUUUCUCCCUUUAGAUGACGAUCUGAGAAAAUAAGGAUAAAGGCCCUUGGCUCUAAAAAUGAAACAUAAUAAAAAUUAUGACUUUUAAACA